GCGACGGGACGGGAAAAUAACAGACAGACAAAGCUUCAUAGCUGGAUGACUCCAUGAAUAUUAAACAUCUCAUUUAUAAGCUGCUUUAUAAGCUGUAUUUUUGGUUAAGGUACUAAAGUCAAUGGUUACUUCAUUAAUGUACGUAAUUUACUUUUUCCUAUAACUUGGACUUGCAAUGGACUUCAACACGUACGAACCGCAGCGGACGUGCACAAAUACUCACACAGGAUAAAUCGACUUUCCAUACGACAUUGUUAUGAGGGACCGACUGGCUGAAUUGAAUUCAGGCAGACAAGGUGCCAGUGAAGAUGGGGGUGUCACUGUGUCCAUGGAGAGCGAUGGCUUCAUGCAGGUCUUUUUCAGAAAGGUGGAGGAGGUCAAAGGUAUCAUCAAUAAGAUCUCCUCCCUCGUGAAUGAGGUGAAGAAGAAACAUAGCCUGAUCCUUACACCUUCCAACCCUGACGAGAGAACAAAAGAAGAGUUGGAACAACUCACAGUAGAAAUCAAGAAACAUGCCAAUAUUGCCCAGACCAGCCUUAAAUCAAUGCAACAGAGUCUACCUCCAGACGACCAGGUUACUACCUGCGCUGCAGUGGAUGUACGCAUUCAGAAAACUCAGUACUCUAACGUGUCUCGUAAGUUUGUGGAGGUGAUGACACAAUACAAUGAAAUCCAGGUGUCCUUCAGAGCGAAAAGCAAAAGCAGGAUUCAGAGGCAGCUGGAGAUCACUGGAAGAAUCACAACCAAUGAGGAAUUGGAAGAAAUGCUGGAGAUUGGAAACCCAUCUGUCUUCACUUCUGAUAUCAUCUCUGAUUCCCUGAUAACCCGUCAGGCCCUCAAUGAGAUCGAGUCUAGGCAUAAAGACAUCUUACGUCUGGAGUCCAGCAUUAAAGAGCUACACGACAUGUUUGUGGACAUGGCCAUGCUUGUGGAGACUCAGGGUGAAUUGAUUGACAACAUUGAAAAAAAUGUUAACAAUGCAGUGGAAUACACAUACCAUGCUAAAGAACAGACCAAGAAAGCUGUGAGGUACCAGGCAGGGGCCCGCAGGAAACACAUCAUUCUCGCUCUUAUUAUCUUGGUCGUGCUUGCUGUGGUUGCACUUAUUGUCGGCUUGUCUGUGGGCCUGUCUGCAAAAACCACCACUAACUCUGCCACCUCCUCUUCUGCUGAAGCCAAUCCUUUGUAACCAUGAUUUCCAAGAAAAUGGUCCAUAUUGCCAUUUGUGGAGCUGUGCUCGUCAUCCUAUUUGUCAUUGUCAUCGUUGGAGUUUACAUUGAUUAGUCACCUUCAGCAAAGAACUGUGUUCUUCCCUUUGACGUUACUGUGCCUUUGAAAAAGAGUUCAGACUUUUAUUUUUAAUAUUUCCAAUAUCUUGCUGCAUACAAAAUGUCAAAACUCAUUGUGUACAUAUGAAUACAUAAAUAAAACUUUAUUACCUGUGAAUUGUGUAGAAGUUGGCACUGAUUUCUGGUUCAAGACCUUAGUUUUUGACUGAUAUUCACUUGACUUAAAUGCUUUGCCACUUCAUGACAAUGAGAGGUAAUUUUCUCUAUCUUUUUAUCUAUUUAAUGCUGUCGAACUGAUUUUUGCACAAGUAAAGUUUUGUAAUAUUAUAACAUUUAACCUUAAUUAGGGUAUGUUUCUUGGGAGAUCUGACUGAAUAAUGUGGAGUCAAACAGUCUAAAAAUGUGCUCUUAAGAUAUAUUUUUGCCUAAGGAAAAACAUCUAUAGAGGGAACAUAUUAAGUAUUUCUUAAGGAGGAGGAGAGUGUUUGCACUCAAUUAUCAGGGGUUCAGUCAGUGUAGUUUAUUUUGGCUUAUACGCUUAUUUUACAGUGAUGUUUGGUAUGAAAGCACAUACCCCUCUGUAUUGAACGACUGGUUCCACACAAAAUUAUGUCAGAUCUCUGAGUAAUGUUUAAAAAAAAAAAAAACAUGUUUUAAUCACUUAAUGAUUUUAGCUUUUUGGCUUACAAAUGACUGUUUCUGACAGGAAUGUAAUCAUGGAACAAAUGUUUAUACAGUGUAUUGCAAAAUAAAUAUGAG